AUGGCUGCCAUCCGGCUUCGAGAAUUUAUUGACCGCCGCCCAGUGGUCCCAUCCAGUAUAUUCAUCGCUCAUCAAGGAAAGGACGUCCAAGGAUGCUACCCCGGGCAGGUGGCAAGAGUCCAUUCUGAUUCUAGUGUGAAGAGACCUCCCAGACCUCUCAUAGACUUGACAAUCCCACCCAAGAGAAAAAGUCAGUAUCAGCCUCAACUAGACCAAGAAACUCUCAUUCGAUAUAUUUGUUUCCGAAGACAUUCAAAGCCCACUGAACCAUGGUAUAAAGAAACCACCUACCAAAGAGACUAUUCUCUGCCAUUUUACAAGAUUGAUUGGGACCAGAAAUUAGCCACAGUUUCAUCAAAUCCUAGACCACUAAAUUCACUACCAGAGUUCUACUGUUGUGAAGAGAGCAGCUUCGGAAGAAAACCUUUUAAAUUUAAAAUAACCAUGGCAUUCGAACAAAACAACAUUUGGAGUUCUUAG